GACGUGAAGGGAUGCUUUGACGUUCACGUGCAUUGUCGUUGAUGCAUGGCGGCGAAGCUCAUUUUUAAAUGCUUUUAUUUUUACACUGUCGUGUCUUUCAGCCCCUCUUUAGAAAGCUGGCCCCUUGUCUGAAGUGAGCAUAGAAUAGGACUAAUCUGAAGUCAUUUCCAAGUGAGCUCUUGCCUUUCCCGUUUGUAAACUAACGUGGCGGCGAUGGUUCUGAAGAAGAAGAAAGUCCGCGAUGUUGGUCGAAUUGUGCUCGACCAGCAUCAACUAGCGAGAUUGCGAUGCAUAGUAAAUGUUGAGGAGAAUGGUCUUGCAAAUCUUCUGCUGGAAUGUGCGCAGCUCACUGAUGGAAUACAACAAUUGUGUUUGUUAAAGAAGAUUGGCUGUUUGUUAAGAAAACUAGGUGGAGAUGAUCUGCAUAAUUCCCAGAGUGCUACCUGUAUGGAAAUAUUGGUUAGAAUUUACUGGGGUCUGGAAUCCAGAAGCCCCCUGAAAAGAGCAACAGCAAGUGCAUUGAGUGGCAUUCCUGAAAACUUGAAGGAAGAAGUCGUUAGUUGUCUCAUCAGUUGCCUAAAGGAAGAAAUUUUGAUAGUGGAUAAAUCCCAUGUCAGGAAAGUGAUUGAUGCCAUUGCAGCAUGCAUGGAGAAUUUUAGCCUGGGUGAAAUGUGUACACAGUGCCUCUGUUUGGAUGUCCUUCAGUUUCUGUGCACGGCAUUAGUGGAUUAUAAGCUUCAAAAUAAGAACCUUGGUGGGCAGCACAUUCUGCAAAACAAGCUGAUGCAUGAUUUAUUGGCAGCCUUGAAAACUGCUAUGGUCCUUGUUCAGAAAGUUCAAGAGAAAAUACGUGACAUUCUCUGUAGAAAUACUCAGCCAUCUCUCCGGAAAACUAUGUGUGGGCUGCUCACGUGCUUUAUUGAAAUACUCCUAGAUGGAGACUUUUUACAGACUGUUCAGAAUACGGCAGGAAUGGCUGCACUCCUGUUUAUCAAGACUAUUGUGGACCGUGAUGAAUUGUUGCCAAAAUUGGUUCAUGAUCUGCUGUUUAAUUCCAUUCAAAGAGGUCAUGAUGUACCAGAAUGGUUAUUCCAGAGUUGUGAGCAACUUUAUAGAGCUCCUCCUCCUGAUGAUGUGGUUCUUUUCCUAAGCCAGGGAGUCCUGGCCAUGUUGGAUUGGAAAGGUGGAAAAAUGAGAGAAGGUGGUGAACAUCUGCUGUUAGAAAUAUUGACUGUUCUCCUUUCACUUAGUAUGCGCUUAAAGGAAUCCAGUAUGACAAUGUCAAUUUCCAGAAAUCUGAGUCUUUGGACCACUUCUGCACUGGAUGCACUCCAUGUGGAUACGUGCUCUUGGUAUCUGAAAAAUUCUCUGAAUGGAAACUCUGAAGCCAUUCAGAAGCUGCUUGAAUACAUAUGGACACAUUGGGAACAUCCUUUGGAUGGUGUGAGACAUCAGACUAAAACAAUAUUUAAUAACAUUUUAAAAAUUCACCAGAAGACCAUUGAUGAUUCUUGUGUACUGACAGAUCCUUUCUUCUUAAAUAUGACACAAAACUUGUUGAGUGUGGAAUGGCAUAUCAAAGGAAAAUAUGUUUUACUAGGUUGUUUAGUGGAAUAUCUUGGUACUGAGCAUAUGUUAACUGUGGACAACUCUAUUCCUGAACAAAUUCUGGGAAUGAAUCUUGAACAGUCUCUAGCUACGUAUGCAACCAAUUUAUUGGAAAAAAUGUUUGAGAGUCAUAAAAAUCAGUUAAUGUCUUCUUCUCAAUCUGAUGACUGGAAUAAACGAUGGCAUGAAAUCUGGGUAUCUCCAUUUCUUAUGAAGCUGUGUGAGGAAAAUCCCAGCCAAACAACUUAUAUUAUUGAAAGUUAUCUUCCCAAACUAUUGAAAUGCAAUCCUGAUAGCCUGACCUACAUGAUCAAAGAGCUUCAAUCUUCUGACAAAGCUAGCAACAUUGGUCCUUUCAACAAUCGAGGUGCUCUUGGAGCACUCAUGACUUGCUUGAGAGCAGCUAGAGCUCAAGGACUGUGGAGCACUGCUGAGGAAUCUUCAUGGGACCAACUGAUACCCAUUAGCCUGAUAAAACAGGCUUUAGUUCAUAAACAUGAACAGGUCCGUUUAGAUGCUUUGGGUUUGCUAUGUGAGACACGCUGUAGUACAGAAACUCUAUCACAACAAGAAAUAGCUUUAAUCAAGUAUUUUCUUCCAUAUAACAUGAACAGUCAGUCUCCUGCAAUGAGGCAGCAGAUUGUAUGGUUAAUGAAAAAGCUUUUUUCCAGACUACGGGACAGUUCCCAAGUGCUUCAUAAGCAAACUCAGACUGUUAAGCAGAAGAAUACCCUGUGUGAAGAAAACACAAAGUCUCAGCAUGCAGAACAUCAGCUUCAACAAUACAAGGAUUUUAUGGUCUGGAUAUGUGACACACUGUUAGAAGCUCUGUUUCCAGGUGCUUCGUUUCCAAGGAAAUUCAUUGUCUUGAGUCUCUUAGGAAUAAUUGCUGAGAUUUUUGAAAAUUUGGAUGGUCAGACCUAUAGAGUGGUGCAAAUAACUGAUGUCUUGCGGCCAGCCAAUGUUGAUGCUUUACUUGGGUGUUUGAGCAGCACUUUUGAAGAAUUGAAAUUACUGGCCUAUGACAUUUUGAAGAAACUUCCACCUACAGUUUUAGGAUUACAGGACAGUGAAAAAUUGCAAACACUUUUACAGACAGCUUUGGAUCUGUCAACCAGUACCAAACCUUAUGAUUGCAUCACUGCUUCAUAUCUCCUGGCUCUUCUGGUACGGCAAGAAAGCUUGAUGCUGGCAUUAAAUGCUUGCUCUUUGAAACAGCAAACUGAUUACCAUUUUGAUUACCUCGGCAAGUUUCAUGGAAGGCAAGCAAUGAAUAAUGAAGUACUGGAAACCAAUGUUUUAGAAGUUAUUAAAUACCUGCUAAUCUGUCUGUCAGAUGAGCUCAGACAGGCUGAAAGAUCACUGGUGCACACAGCUGCCUCCAACCCCUUAUAUGGAAGAGUCCAUUGCAUUAUUGGAGCUUUGCAACAACUGCCCCUGAAGUCAGUAUCAAAAAUAGCAGAGUGGAGGGAGACUGUAGCAGAAUUGAUUUUAAUGGCCUUCCGUCUGUCUGCAAUUGUAUCUCCUAUUUGUCAAAGUUCCUCACCUGAAGGACUAAUUCCAAUGGAUACAGACCCUGAGACAGCCAGAAAUCUACAGAAGAUUUUAAAUGAAAUAAAACCACGGGACACAAAUGAUUAUUUUGCACAUGCAAAACUGCUGAUAAGUGACGAAGACCAAGAAUUGAGCAAAGGUGCCUUUGAAGAUUGCAAACCUUCUGAAAAUUUGAGCAUGGCAAUGAUGGAUCAGGCAGGCCAGUCUUGUCACGUCACUGCCCAAAUGGUUCUUGUAUGUUGCUGGAGAAGUAUGAAGGAAGUUUCCUUGCUUUUAGGCUUCUUGUGUCAAAAUUUGCCUCUUCAGUCAACACCUGACUUAAAGGAUGGGCUACUGAUGCUGCACCAGGUUGGAGAAAUUGGAGAGCACUUUAAAUGCCAGCUACUACAAUCCAGACAUAGAGGUGCAUUUGAAUUAGCAUAUGUUGGAUUUGUGAAGCUCACUGAAAUGCUUACCAGUUGUAAAAAUAGUGAUCUGCAGAAAUUACCACAGCAGUGGUUAGAAGAAGUUCUACAUGAAGUUAAGUCCAGUAUCCCUACAUCCAAACUGUGUGCCACCCGACGUAGUGCCGGCAUUCCAUUUUAUGUUCAGGCCUUGGUGUCUUCAGAACCUCGGGGGUCCAAUAUGAGUCUUCUGAAACUGACAAUGAAGGAACUGAUUUCUCUUGCCAUACCAUCAUCAAUUUGCCAAGAUGAGAAUGUCACCAUUCCACAGGUGCAUUCUUUAAAUAUCUUAAGAGCUCUGUUUAGAGACACUAAAUUAGGUGAAAACGUCAUUCCAUAUGUGGCAGAAGGAAUACAAGCAGCCAUCCUCGGCUUUACGUCUCCUGUGUGGGCAGUGCGAAAUUCUUCUACUUUGUUGUUUAGUGCCCUGAUUACCAGGAUAUUUGGAGUCAAAAGAGGAAAAGAUGAACAUUCUAAGAAAAACAGGAUGACGGGCAGAGAAUUCUUCACUCGAUUUCCGACACUUUAUCCCUUCCUCCUGAAACAACUGGAGAUGGUGGCAAACACAAUGGACAGUGAUUCUGGUGUGCUGAAGCUCCAUCCUAACCUGUUCCUGUUGCUGCUUGUUCUGGGUCGUUUAUAUCCAUCACCCUUAGAUGGCACUUCCUCGGCUCUCAGUCUCGCACCUUUUGUGCCCUUCAUCAUAAGGUGUGGCCACUCACCUGUAUAUCGCUCUCGUGAAAUGGCAGCUUGUGCAUUAGUUCCUUUUGUCGCAGUGAAUCAAAUACUUCCUAUGGCAGUGUCCUUGAUGGAAACCUUACCUGCUGCCACAGAUCUUCACAUACGACAGAACCACAUCCAUGGGGUACUACUGCAGGCACUUCAUUUACUGCGGUCUUACUUUGACACAAAACAAAGGAUGAAUUCAAGCCUUCCCCGGGAGUUACAUGACAUCAUAUCUUGUACCAGGGCCAAAAUAUGGUUGGCAACUCGGCAGAAUCCUUGUUUCCUUACCAGAGCAACCUUUCUUGAUAUCAUCAAUAUCUUGUGUCAUCAGUUGGAUAAGUCAAAAACAAGAGACCCAGAGAUCUUAAACUUCUGGCAGACUGCCCACAACGUUAUUUUGGAAUCAGAACUAUUUACAGAUGAGCACAAGUUUUCUCCAGUACCUGGACUGAUUCAGUGGCAAAGAAACAUUAUCAAACUAACAUUGUCAGUAUUGGGAAUAUCAGUUUCUCCACAAGCAAUGUCAUUGUCACCAGAUGCAGCUCAUAAAUUGACUUCUGGAACUGCUGAAAUUCAAUCCAGCCUGUUACUGUCUCAUCUCCUAUGUUCAAAAUUUCUUGAAGCACGUUUGCUGACCCUGGAAACAGUGUUGUUGUGGCUGGAGGAGAUGGAUUCCAACCAGGUCAAAGAGACAAAUGGGAAUGUACUGUUCCUGUUAUCACAAGUUGAGGACACUCUGAAAAAGCUAGCAAUGCAGGAAAAACACCCAGAAUGUCUUGCCAAGGUCCUGAAAAUAUUGUGCCUUCUAAAUAUAGAGAAACGGUUGCCCUGGAACGCGAAUGCAUCAGUAAUGAGUGAGGCCAAACUUCUCAAGUGGAUCUUGUCAGUUACAGAAACUGUAAAAAACAGCACUGAGAUGCAAAGCGUUACGCUCACAUUGGCUUCAAAGUUAGUGAUCUGUCUAAUGCUGAAGAAACAGGAGAAAUCCUUGGAUUCCAUAAGUCAAGAUCUCAGACAGUGGGUUCAUUUAGUUGCGCGGAGUUGUGGAGCUGAGCAGCAGACAGAAAUCCGAUUGACAGCUGCAAAAGUUCUCAUUGAUAUUAUCCCAUCUUUGCUUGCCAAUAAACAACUUUAUUUUGAUCUUCUAAAUACAUUAACACUGUGGAGAUGUAUCUUCACCCUUCUACAAGAUGAAGAACGAGUUGUGAGGGACAAGGCCACGGAUAUUAUACAGAUGAUUCCACCUUUUUUGAAGGCUUGUAAGGAGGAUGAUAUUUCAUUUUCUGCUGUGAAUCCAUCCCGGGCUAUGGAUCUUGGCCUUGGUGUGCUGUGUGAACUACUACAGAUCUGGAAUAAAACUUCUGUCGGAAUUGUAACCCUAAUGGAAUGGAUGCUGGGAGAAGAUGAUAUGGAAGGCGAUGCAAUAAAUGAAAAUGUGGAAAAUUAUGACCUGCUUUUUGAUAAAGGUGAAUUUAACCUUUGGGCAGAAAAGAUUAUGUUUGCCAAUCUACUCCAGAAGCAUCUCCUAAACCUCAUCUCCCAGUCACACUUCGUUCCAGGUUACGAAUCAGGACUCCACCAGUUAACAACAAUGGCUGCCAACCAAGCCCAGCGUGUAGCGUGGCUCUUAAAGGGCCUACCACUUGCACCAGAAUUUUCUAGAACAGCAGACUACACAAGGCUAAGCAUUCAAAAACUGAGACUUUUGAAUGUAGCUGAGCUACUGAACUUGUUUGGAUUGGGUGCUGUUAUUACAGGACAUUUCUGAAGUGAAUGAUCUCAUUAUUUGACUUGGCCAGUAACUGAGGAAAAACAGAUCGACUGAAGCAAACUCAUGACAAAGAGAGGCUUGUUGGGACUUGAAAAGGCUGUAUCCUAUGGAUGUGUGUGUCUUACCACAUGAAGAUUUUUGUGCCAACAGUAAUUACAUGACAGCUAUUUCCUCAUUUCACUGUUGAGCACUGGAUUGUAUUGGCAGCAAAAAUGAACUUCUGUUCAUGCCUAAGUAAUAGUUUGUGCACACACCUGUAAUUCAGAAUUAUACAUUAUAAAUAGGACAAGGGAAAAGUAUGGAUCAUUAAUCAUUCAAGUGUUCAAUGUCAUAUUUUAAUCAAAUAAAUUGAAGUGUAAUUUUUAA